UCGAUAUGAGUAAUGGUGCACUUGCUGCGUGACGCAAAAUUAGAUAAUAUUCCUGAUUCGGCAGCCCUUCUAUGAAACCAGUGUUAUUUAAAUCGACGUGCAACACUCUUUAUUCGUAAUUCUGAACUUGUUCGCCUUAAGAAAGGACACAAUUUUAACGUAAACGAGAGCACAAUUAAUCAUGAAAUUGAACACAAACACACUUCUCCUCGUGCUCGGAAUCACGUGCCUCCAUGUCACCAUGGGUUACAAGUCAUUCAAACCCCUGUCCUAUACUCAGCUUCCGACAAGUCUAAGCAGCGUCGGCAAUGACGUUUUUGGCGGACUCGACCUUAAAGCUUCCGAGGGAGCCGCAUACGAACACGUCAACUCAAUUCUUUACGUUAUUGGAGCAACAAGUCAUCUGAUGCACGUGAUCGAUAUCAUAGACCCGGCGAACCCCGUUCGUCUGUUUAAACACAAGUUCACCCAAGGGGAGGGCGUUCCCCAGGCCAUAGACAUUUGCGGGGGCUUGAUCGCAGUGGCCCUCUCCGCACAAACAGACACAAAUGAAGGUCACGUGAGGUUCUUUAAGGCGUACACAAGGAACUCCGGUGCAACGGAUGUUGUACUCGAUGGAUAUGUGACAGUGGGUUCGCACCCAAAGGAUAUCAAGUUCUCACCCGACUGCAAUUCAGUCGUGGUUUCUAACGAAGGAUUGGCAGGAAAAGAUGAAGCCGGAGCAUACGUAGAUCCUGAAGGCUCUGUCUACAUCAUCAGAAACGAGAAUACGGGCAACCCUAGUGUCCGACUUGUCGAUUUCCUUAACUACAACGUUGGGCAACCAAAUUUCGACAUGCGGAUAAGGACACCGUCGCUUUACAUUCCGAAGAGCGUGUACAGUGGUGAUACGACUGUGGCACAGGAUCUCGAACCAGAACAAGUUACCAUCAGCAGAGACGGCCGAACCGCCUGGGUCACACUGCGAGAAAACAACGCUAUUGCCAGGAUCGAUUUACGUAUCGCAGAGAUUCCAGCCAUCGCCCCUUUGCCUAGGAAGAACUGGCAAUACAACGGUGUUGACGUUAGUGACAGGGACGGAGGUGUUCACCGACGGAUGUACACGGGUCUUCAGUCGGUGAGGCAGCCAGGAGCCAUUGCAUCGUUUGAAAUCGGAAACAAGAAAUUCCUUGCCACCGCUGACGCCGGUAACAUUAAACAGUACACAGCAGCUCAGCAUGGUUUCACAUGGUCAGAUAACGCUAUCGCAAGAACUAUUGUCGCACAGAUUGAAGGGACGGACUUAAAAGCCAAUGCUAACAAUGACGAAUAUCUUGGUCGUUUGUUGAUCAGCACAUUGGACGGCAAGAACGCCUUUACAGGCAUGUACUCGCACCUGGAGAUGUUCGGUGGGCGUGGCUUCUCCAUCUGGGAUUCAAGCAAUGCCGGGGCCCCUGUGUUCGACACCGAGGGAACGCUCGAGGAGUACAUGGAGAACUUCUACAAGCCAGUCUUCAACACCGACUAUGUUCGAGGCACUGCCAGUUACACGUCGCCUGAAAUGAACCGAGACUUUGCCUCUGAGUAUCAGGGUGCGCACGUGUCUGGCAUCGACGUAGCCAACGACAACGGCACAGUGUUGCUUGUCGCCGGCACGUGGUCCACGGGAACCUUGUUCCUGUACACUGUGGACACGAGUUCCGGUCUGCCAAUCCCGCAGUUCCAGGCUAUACACCGCUCCGGUAGCACAGACGAACCAUGGACUGACCUGUACCAGAAGCAAACCGUCGGUGAUCUCUAUAUCUCAUCCGUCGGUAUAAUCACCAGAGACAAAAGUCCCGUGAAUCGCCCACUCGUGUUCGUGACAAGCUCAGGUGCCGGGGCAGUCUCGUUGUACGAGAUAGUGGACGAGACUCCAAUUGUGCCUUGAUCUGAAUUUGAAGUUGUUAAAACUAUCCUGUCGAAUACAAAUACAAAUGUACAUCCGGAAAUUA